UGCACAUCUUACACUCACUCGAGUCCCAGCGCUCGCCAGUUUGCGAACCAGCUUCUUCUCCCUCAUCACCACAUCCACAACCAACACCUUAUCCAGAAUGUAUCCCCGCCCCCUCCUCCUCCUCACCCUCCUCGCAAGCACAUCCCCGGCCCUCGCCCAAUUCUUCUCAACCCAAGUCGACGAACCCCUCCCCGAAGCGACCUUCACCACCACCUCAGGUCCCGGCGCCGAGCAAACGACAACCGAGCUCCCGCCCGCGACAUUCAUCACGAGUCCCAGCGCCGAGCCCUCGAGUGGAUCUGAAACUUCCGCCGAGUCGGACUCGGGUUCUGGGUUCUCGACUGAUCCCGACCUUGGUUCUGGGACGUCGACGGAUUCUGUCGCGACACUUACGGUUCCGGCGGGGUUUAUCACGGAGAGUCCGACGGGGUCGACGACGUAUAUUGUGCCCACAGAGACGGGGUCCUCGUCGGUUACUAGUGAUGAUGACGAUGAUGACGAUGAUGACAGCGAGGAUCAGGAUGAUGAGGGUGACACGCCCUCGACAACAACCUCAACCUCAACCACCCUCAGCACGACGGUCAACAUCGAGGACCUAGUGACUGACACGAGCUCUCCGACUCCGACCGGUGGAGCGGGGGCGAUUGCGCGGGACCCUGUUGUGCUGUUUGCCUGUGCUGCUUUGGGACUCGCGGGGUACGGUGCUGCGUUCUAG